AUGAACCUGAAUCCUCUUACUAAACAAGGCAAGGCUCUGCACUGUGAGGUCUGUGAAAUGAUUGUAGAAAAAUGUUUAGAGGGUUCCAGUGAUUUUGUUACAAAUAGUAUAUGCAUGGUGAGUCCUGGGACUCAUUUUGUGAAUAGUCAAGAGUUCUGGCCUGUCCACAUGCACAACCAGUGAGUCCCAGUUAAAAAACAGGAAGUCCUUAAUUGAAAAUGCUUGGUAUGGGCCUUUUAACCAGACAGUUAAUCUGGAGACAGAUGCCAAAACUUUUUAUGACAGUUUACUAAAUGAAAAUAUAGUCCUAUAUAUUUAAAGCACAAAAAGACUAAAAUAUUUAUAUACAUCUUUAAACAACAGCUACAGAAAUCGCACAAACAGGAUAUUCUACCAACAAAUCUUCAAAUCGAUCGAUCAUCCUUUGCAUCCUACGGGAUGCAUGCCAUGAAUUAUUUUGCGUCUUUGGAUAAUUUUUUGUGUGAGGGACACAAGAUGCAUAGGUAACAAAAUCACUGGGGUUUGAAACCAUUCCAAAUGGUGCACCAGUUUAAUUUACUGAGAAGGACGGUAACAAAUAUUGUUGAUCGUUUCAUAUGUCCAGGAAGCCCCUACACAGAGUUUUUUAAACAGCGACGACCAAGUAUGUAUGCUACGGAAAUACAAAAACAUUUAAUCGAAAAUCAGGUUGUUGACGCGCAAAGGUUCGAUAAGUCAUGUAUUGACACGUGAUUUCGGUUACUCUUGCAAAGACAGGGCUCGAAAUUGCGACCGAUACGGUCGCAUUUGCGACUUAAUUUUUCUUAUUUGCGACUAGAAAAACGAGAGUAGUCGCAAAUUUGCGACUAGGUUUUGCCUUAACUGAUACGAAAUAUAAGGACUAGCACUUGAAUUUUUGCUUAAAUAAAUUUAGAAAUAAAAAGAUUCAUUGAAGUAGCGUCUUACAAUUUUGUUACAAUCUGAAGGUUUACCGUAAUUUACCUGGAAUGCAUACACGCAACGAUAUUCCACGCCAUUUUCAGCGGGUUCUGUAAACAUGUACAUUGCAGGCUCAUAUUUCGUUUUGAUUUGCCGCUGACAGUCCCGCCAGCAUGCUGAGGACUUUUCCCGCCUUUAUGACCCGUGUUACGGCCCUCACAGUACACAUGUGUUCUUCUUUAGUGAGUCAAUUAUGUUGGAUGAAAGCGACUUAAAUUGUUUCAAAGGUCACAUUUUAAACGAAGAAAUCGAUCGAGCGGUUUUAGUUCUAAAAAAAAGAUUUACAUGUAAAAUAAGUCGGUUCCAAGUUGGUUGCGAAUCUACGUAUACAUGAAAACGAGGUUUAGCAUUGGAAAUCUAUAGCUUUGACUAAAGUAACAGACACUAAUUUAUGUGCCUUAACGCAGGUUCAGCUUGAUCGUUUAGAUGAACUGGUGUUGUCCGAGACGCUAAACGUUCUCUACUAUUAAGUCUCGAAAUGACAUGAAAGCUGUUGAAAGAAUGAAAAUUAAAGCGUCAAUCAUUUAAAAACCUACUUAUUUCUUGAUUAAUUGGCCUCAAUUAAUUUCGCGACUAACAUUUUCAAAGUUGCGACCAAAUUUUCGUAACUAGUCGCAGAUUUGCGACCAGACAGUUUUUUUUAAUUUCGAGCCCUGAAAGAGUUGACAAUAGUUCCAAAAGAGAGCUUAAUCUAAUAAUAUAAUAAUGCUUGACUGAGAACGCUCAAGAAAAAGUUGAAGCAUAUAUUUUUUUUCAGUAACUGUGAUCCCAGGAAUAGGUACUUCUUUGACGAGAACUCGGUGAUUAAAACAACUGGGAAGUGAAGUUACUGUUGAGCAAACUUGUGAAGCUCAGUCGUAGUUGACAACUAUGUCUUGAAGUUCGCAAUUUGAUUCCCUAACUUGCUAAGUAAUUGGCUACUUCAUGAUGUAGUACCCAAUUUUCCAACGAACUUUGCAACAUGGUGUGGUAAAUAAUGUGAAAUCGACUGUAACAGAGUGAUCCAGACUUUAAGAGCGCUUUCCAUUUGUCGGAACUGGCCGGCCGGACCAUUGUCCAACCAGUCGGUUUGAUAUUGAAAUAUGCUUUUGCCAAGAGUUUUUGCUGAACAACCAUUUCCUUGGUGCAUACUACUUAGGAUUUGACUGAUCUGGCUGGAGAUAUUUGAUUAAAAUGGAAAUUCUCAUUGCGUUGGGAAUGGUUUGGCCGGUCGGUUCUGACAAAUGGAAAGCGCCCUAAGUCUUCAUUUCAGUGGACAGCAAAACCAGCAGUGGAGUUAAACUAGUAAAACCGCUUUUAUUUAUCCUGUAUUACCCUGCAGUUCUAUGCAAACAUCAUAUUGACCAGGGGGAAGGAGGGUACUCCUUAAAUAUGUUCUCUUGAAAUCCAAACAAUGUUCCCACAACUUGCAAAGCAACCAGCAGAUUUGUUUACUGAUCAUUCCUUGAAUAUCCACACUCAUAGCUCAGCAUACAUUGUUGUCAGUUAAGAUGUUACAUGGUUGCGGUGACUGUCACAUUUUUUUCAGUUUCUCUUGCAUCUUCAAUACCAAGAAACAAUUACAACAUGUGAGAAAAACAAAGAGGCAUGAUAUUUUUGUCAAUUAUUGACUAUAUUUUCUCUGUUGGUUCGCCUCUCACUGCUAAAAUAUUUACUUUAGGAAACACAUGUACAUGUAUAUCCAGUAUAUCACAUUGAAUGUUUGGCUUUCAAGCUAGAUCAAACUCUUUCGAAUGAAAGAGUUUGAUGCAGCUCAGCCAUUCAACAAAACCCACUCACAAAAAAAAAUUGAAUAGAUCAUUUGAUUUUUGAAUUCAGUCAAACAUUGAGUUGGGUUAUCAAACAAAGUGGAACUCGCAUAAGGAACACUCGAAUGGAACAAAAACAAGCGUUUCAGUUCCAAGCAAUUGAUGACAAGUGUGUUAAUUAUUGAUCUAGUGUGAAAGCAGUCAAGGUGAUGUAAGAUCCUGCUUCUUUUAUUAUUUCCAUGUCAGAGUUAAAUUCUAAAAUAAACAUUUUCUGUGAAAAUGUCAAUACAUUUAUUUUGUUUACCAAGGAAAAAGUCUUUAAAUCUGCAAGUUGAAAUCAUCUUGGUAAUCAUCUCAGUUAUUACUCUUCACUACAUAAUUGGCCUCAAUAAUAUUGUAGCAUAUUCUGAAUCCAGCACUUGUCAGAUUUCCCUGGCUUGUUGAGUUGACUCAGUUUUCACAUUUUAUUUUUUUCCAAUAUAAUUUGGUUUGUUUCGAUUUUGUUCAGGCAUCAAACUCUCCAGAAAGCUGGUUUGAUAUUGUUUGAUGGCCAAACUGUUUUGUUUGGGGGAGUUUGAUGGGAACUUUGUUUUGCGUAAUACAUUGUACACCGGAAGUAUACAUUUACUGCAGUAAAUUAUCUGCUGCCCACCAGGGUUAUCGCUUUACAAGUUGUGAGAACAUCAUUUCUUGCACCCAGACCUUGUUACUUUCCCCUGCUUCCCCUGGUAUUGACCCUGUACGUGUAGAUGAUAAUGUACAACCUGAGGGAGGUUGUGCCAUAGAAAAGUAGGCUUUUUGUUACUGGUACUGGUAAUCAUAGACAGCCUCUGUUUACAUUUACAUGUACAUGUAACCCCUGGUCUAUAGUCUUAACGUUGCAGGUUGCGGGCAACAUAAUGUACUAGCUAUUACUAUGAAGCACAACUGUAUGCUUGUAAAAUUAUUGUAAUGUGAUGAAUCAGGGUUGUCAGAAAGUUUUGAAGUAGACAGCUGAGUUGUCAAAAAUAAUAAGCGGCCAGUAAAUUAUAUGUAUAUUACUCAUUUAGUAUUUUUUAUUCGUAUGAGAAUAUCUACAUUAGUAAAGUUGUCUUACCGCUAAAAGGGGAAUAGCUUCUGUGUUUUACUUAUUAGCACUUUGUUUUGUUUUUCAUACAACAGGCCAGGCAGAUCACCUUGGUAUGUGAUGUUGGUGCAGAACGUUCUCUCAAAGGAGGCUGGUUCAUGGAACUUAAUUUCAGUCUCAAGUUACUGUGCUUUAUGCUUAGUCAAGUUCUGCAAAUGUUAAUCUUGAAAUACUACUUCUAUGCUAAAGACAAAAAAUGUCCAACUGCUAUCUCGAGUGGGCAAGGUGAAGCAAACCUUGCAUUCUAA